UCACUAAUAUUGACAAAAUUCAAAAACAUUUCAAAAUUCAAAGUGAAGAAGAAAGGUAGCAGAUAAAAGACUAUAUUAUUGAAUUAAUAUUACAAUUUUAUAGCUUAUUUUUAUUGAAUUGAAUACAAUGAAGUGGUUUUAGCUUAGGGAUCUUCAAUUUUAUAAAAUCAAAUUGAGGCAGAUGGCGAUCGAGCGCAGCGCUGCCGCGGAGGCCGCGCGUGCCCCCGCCACGCCCACCGCAGCCCCCCUGCCCGCCCCCACCACCGUCAUCACCCUCGAACACGGGGAGCAUUUUGACUCUACUCUAUAUAGAUUUGAAAAAGGCUGCUAUUUACAAUUUUGUCCCGGACCAAGUUUAUUAGGCCGGAAGGUGUUCCUUUACACUAAUUAUGUGCUCACUGACGAUGAACAAGACGAUCAAUCCGAGUUCAUCCGCAAUCAGUACUACGGGCUGGAGUGGCGCGCCGAGGGGGAGGAGGGAGAGAAGGGCGAGUCGUUGGGAGCCGGGCCCCUCGUCACCGACACCGACCUCUACUGUAAGAUCAAGCUGGCCAGGGCUGGCUCCUUCCAUUUCUACUUCGUCUAUGAUAAUGCAGAAUCAAAGAUAGGUCCCCAAGGCUCGGGCUGGUUCCACGUGGCGCCGACGCUGCGCGCGGGCCCGGGCGGCGCGGCGCGCAUCCCGCUGGACGGCGUCGCCAUGCAGACCGUGCUGGCCAAGAGCCUGGGCCCCUUGCCGCGCUGGGAGAACACGCUCAGGGUCGCCAAAGAGACGGGCUAUAAUAUGAUACAUUUUACUCCUAUACAGGAGCUGGGCGGCUCCAACUCGAGCUACAGCAUCGCCAACCAGCUGAAGCUGAACCCUCGCUUCGGGCAGGACACGGGGCGGGAGGUCACCUUCGCUGACGUCGAGAACAUUGUCGCCAAGAUCAAAAACGACUGGAACAUGCUGUCGAUAUGCGACGUGGUGCUGAAUCACACGGCCAACGAGACGAGCUGGGUGGCGGAGCACCCCGAGGCCACGUACAACUGCGGCUCGUGCGCCUACCUGCGCCCCGCCGCGCUGCUGGACGCCGCGCUCGCCGCACUCACCGCGCGCGUCGCCCGCGCCCUGCACGCGCCGCCCGUGCCGCCGCGCGUCACGCAACACGCGCACGUCGAGGCCAUCAAACACAUAUUGGAGACGCAGGUAGUCCCAGAGCUGCGCCUGCACGAAAUGUACAUGUGCAAUGUGUCGGAGCUAGUCCAGGAGUUCUACUUUUUGGCGAGAAACAAGGUGCCGGCGGUGAAGGCCCCGGCGGAGGCGGAGCGGCCGGUGCUGAAGCUGGUGGAGGACCCGCAGUACCGCCGCCUCCGCGCCACCGUCGACCUGGACGCCGCUCUGCAGCUCUACAACGUGUACAGGUCGGAGUGUUACGACGAGGAGUCCCGCCUCAAGAAAUGCUGUGAGGAGUUGAAGCUGAACCUGGAGCAGCUGAACGAGGCGGCCGCGGAGCAGGUGCGGGGACACCUCCGCGCCGCCGUCGACAACGUGGUCGCCGGCAUGAGGUACUACCGCCUGCAAUCGGACGGACCCAAGAUCGAGGAAGUCAGCGCUAAGAAUCCGCUGGUGCCGAGGUACUUCACGUGGGCGUGCGACGUGGAGUCGUGCAGCAGCGCGGAGGUGGAGGCGGCGCUGUACGGGGGGGAGGGGGGCGCGGUGAUGGCGCACAACGGCUGGGUCAUGGGGGCCGACCCCCUCACGGACUUCGCCGCGCGCCCCGCCGCCGCCGUCUACCUGCGCCGCGACCUGCUGGCCUGGGGGGACUCCAUCAAGCUCAGGUACGGUGACAAGCCGGAGGACAGCCCGUUUCUGUGGGCGCACAUGCGGGAGUACGUCGAGCUCACGGCCGAAGUGUUCGACGGACUGCGCCUCGACAACUGCCACUCCACGCCGCUGCACGUGGCGGAGUACAUGCUGGACUGCGCGCGCAACGUCAAGCCGGACCUGUACGUGGUGGCGGAACUCUUCACCAACUCCGACCAAGUCGACAACAUCUUCGUGAACCGACUGGGCAUUACUUCUCUCAUCAGAGAGGCUCAGAGCGCGUGGGACUCGCACGAGCAGGGCCGGCUCCUGCACCGGUUCGGGGGGCGCGGCGCGGGGGCCUUCAUGUGGGGGGGGCCGCGCCCCGCCGUGCCGCACGUGGCGCGCGCCGCGCUCUACGACCUCACGCACGACAACCCCUCGCCCAUCGACAAGAGAUCCGUCUGGGAUUUGUUGCCGUCGUCGGCCUUGGUGUCCAUGGCCUGCUGCGCCACGGGGAGCACGCGCGGCUACGACGAGCUGGUCCCCCACCACGUCCACGUGGUCGACGAGUCGCGGCUGUACUGCGAGUGGAGCGACGGCGCGGAGCCGGCCGAGGGCGGCGUGGGCCCCGCCUGCGGGAUCCUGGCCGCCAAGCGAGCGCUCAACGAGCUGCACCUACAGCUGGCCCAGGGCGGCUACGACGAGGUGUACGUGGACCAGAUGGACGCUGACGUGGUGGCCGUGACGCGCCACGAGCCGCGCUCCCGCCGCUCCGUCAUCGCCGUCGCCUUCACCGCCUUCCGCCCCCCCGCCGCCGCCGCCCGCCGCGCGCCCCCACCCCUCCGCUUUGAGGGACAGCUCGAGCAGAUCCUCAUCGAAACUGGACUGAGGAUCAAGGACCACACGGCCGGCCCGUUCUCGAAGCACCCCCGCUACAUCACCGGGCUCGCGCAGUACGACGCGCCCGUGCGCCGCGACGUGCCGCUCGCGCAGUCCGACGUGUUCGCCGCGGAGAGGACCGAAGGACAAACCACGAUCUUGGAAUUCAAGCCCUUAUCCCCGGGCACUGUGGUCGUCAUUCGCGUGGCGCCGCACCCGGCCGCCGCCAGCGCCGUGGCCGCGCUGCACAGGCACAUGGAGCUGGCGGCCGGCGGCGACCCGUACGGCCUGCAGCCCGCCCUGGCCGAGCUCGACCUGGUGGACUUCAACGUGCUGCUGUACAGAUGCGACGCGGAGGAGAGGGACGCGGGGGGCGGCGGAGUCUACGACGUGCCGGGCCACGGGCCCCUCGUGUACGCCGGCCUGCAGGGCGUGAUCUCGUUGCUCUCGGAGAUAACUCCCAACGAUGACUUGGGACAUCCGCUGUGCGACAACCUGCGCGCCGGGGACUGGCUCAUGGACUACACGUGCGCGCGCCUGGAGAGGGACCCCAGACUGGCUGCCGUGGCCGCAAAAUACAGGGAGGCGUUCCGGCCCAUCUCUGCGCUGCCCCGGUUCCUGGUGCCGGCGUACUUCGCGGCGGCGGCGGGAGCGCUGCACGGCGCGCUGGUGGCGGCGGCGCUGCGGCGGGUGCGCGCGCCCGCGGGGACCCUGCGCGCCGCGCUCGCGCUCACCAGCGUGCAGCUCACAGGGCACGUGCCGAGCGCGACCCUGCCCGCGCCGCUCCCCGCGUCCCCCACCGCGCCGGCCCCUCGCGGCCCCCGCCCCGGCUCGCUGUCCGCCGGCCUGCCGCACUUCGUGGUGGGCUACACGCGCUGCUGGGGGCGCGACACCUUCAUAGCGCUCCGCGGCAUGUUCCUGCUCACCGGGAGAUACGAGGACGCUCGCCUCCACAUACUGUCGUACGGGGCGUGUCUCCGGCACGGCCUGAUCCCCAACCUGCUGGACUGCGGGAAGAACGCGCGCUACAACUGCCGCGACGCCGUGUGGUGGUGGCUCUACUGCGUGCAGCAGUAUUGUAAGGAGGCCCCGGACGGGCUGUCCCUCCUGUCGGAGCCGGUGUGUCGGCUGCAGGCGCGCGAGGAGGGCGCCCCCGCCGCCGCGCCGCUGCACGAGCUGCUGCAGGACGCGCUCGACACGCACUUCCAGGGCCUCGUGUUCCGCGAGAGGAACGCCGGCAGGACCAUCGACGCGCACAUGACCGACAAGGGUUUUAAUGUGCAAAUCGGCAUCGACCCAGAAACCGGGUUCCCGUUCGGUGGCAACGACUCGAAUUGCGGCACGUGGAUGGACAAGAUGGGGUCGUCCGACAAGGCGGGCAACCGCGGACAGCCCGCCACCCCCCGGGACGGCAGCGCCAUCGAGCUGGUCGCGCUGGCCUACAGCACCGCGCGCUGGCUGGCCGAGCUGCACCGCGCCGGGCGCUACCCGACCCCGGGGCUGGUGCGCCGCCACCGGGACGGCACGCUCACCUCCUGGACCUUCGCGCAGUGGGCCGACCGCAUCCGGGCCUCCUUCGAGCGACACUUCUGGGUCCCGCCGACCCCCGCCGCGCCCGACGCGCGCCCCGACCUGGUGCACCGCCGCGCCAUCUACAAGGACACGCACGGCGCCUCGCGGCCCUGGGCCGACUACCAGCUGCGUUGCAACUUUCCCGUGGCCAUGGCGCUCGCCCCCGACCUGUUCGACCCGCGCCACGCCUGGCAGGCCCUGGACCAGGUCGAGAAGCUGCUGCUGGGGCCGCUCGGCGUGAAGACGCUGGACCCGGCCGACUGGGCCUACCGACCGGACUACGACAACUCCAACGACUCGGACGACCCGAGCGUCGCGCACGGCUUCAACUACCAUCAGGGCCCCGAGUGGGGCUGGCCGCUCGGCUUCUACGUGCGCGCGCGCUUGGCCUUCGCGCACCCCUGCGGCAAGCACGCCCGCGCCGUCGCCGCCGGGUACCGCGCGCUGGGGCCCUCCGCCGCCGAGCUGCGCGCCUCGCCCUGGCGCGGCCUGCCCGAGCUCACCAACGCGGGCGGCGCCUACUGCCGGGACUCCUGCCGCUCGCAGGCCUGGACCGCCGCCUCCGCGCUGGAGGCCCUGGCUCGGCCGGCGGCGCGGCUCUCACGCACCAUCUACAACCUGCUGCAGGGCGGCCGCGACAGGCCGCUCUCUACCGUCGUGUACAGCGACCGGCUGCUGCGCUACGGGCUGCCGCUGCCGGUGCGCGUGGGGCGGCGCCGCCUGUGGGACGAGCUCGGCCGCGGCGCCGUCACGGAGCGUCGCGCCGCCGGGCCCCGCGCCGCGCACGUCCUGUCCCUCCCGCCGGUACCGCGACUCGCCCCCCGCGCCGGGCCCCUGCUGGGUAUCCCUUCUCCCAACGGUUGUACAAAGUAUUAUCCGCGACGACAAUUUCGAUUUAGAUCUUCUCGAAGACGAAUCUUCAUCCUGCCGGCCGAUUGUCAUUUCUUGGAAUCGAUCCUGUGGGAGGGCGAAUCGGUUCACCGCUCUCUUGACUACCGGCAGCCCGCGGGUGGCGUCGAGCCCUGCCGCCCGCGCCCGGUCGCUCUGAAGCGGCUCUCUCGGAUGUCUUCGGCCUGCGGCUCCGCGCUGGAGGAGCCGGACGAAGGGGGGAUCCGGCCCCAGUUCGCGAUGCCGGACGACGAGAGGGCGGCGGGCGGGGCGGGCGGGGAGGAGGAGGGGAGCGAGGGGGAGGCGGCGGAGCUGACGUACGAGGCGCUAGUGAAGCCCUCCCCGCGGGUCAGCGUCAUCAAUUUGUCGGAGCGGCAGAACAACAAGGAGGCGUGGCGGCCGCUGGAGCGCAAGGUCCUGAACACGGCGCGCGAGGGGGCGGGGGCGGGGGGGCGCGGGGCGCGGCUGCAGCGGGCCACGCUGCGCGCGCUGCUCUCCUUCUCGGGGCUCUUCUACACGGUCGCCUUCCUCACCUUCUACUUCCUGAGCUUGCCGUGA